GCGAUGAGAGCGCAGGCAAGAGUGGCAGGCUAGAGGCGGUCUCCGCCUCUUCCCCUUCCGUCUCGUGACCUUCUGGAGCCGGUUGACUUCUCUCUCCUUCGGUCGCUCACUCGUCUUCUCUGCAGCCAUGGUGGCCUAUUGGAGACAGGCUGGACUCAGCUAUAUCCGAUAUUCCCAGAUUUGUGCAAAAGCAGUAAGAGAUGCGCUGAAGACUGAAUUCAAAGCAAAUGCUGAAAAAGCUUCUGGCAGCAGUGUAAAAAUAGUGAAAGUUAAAAAGGAGUAAUGUAAUCUGACUAAUGCUACGUUUUCAAGGUGAAGCCACAAGCUUCAAGGUGAAGCUUUUCAGUUACAUGUUAUGGCAGAUUGGAAACUGUUUCACUUCGUAUUUUGCUACUGAGAGGAAAACACCUGCCUGUGUAGAUUGACAUGCCAAUAAACUGAGACCUGGUUCAUUAUAA